UGACGGAGUAUACGCGUUGUAGAGCAUGGGCUUGCACACACUGUUUGCAUGAGCUUUAUGGAAACUAAGUAGGUUUGAGUUCAGCGAUUAUUUGACAUGUUGCUUGGAAACACUUUCUUUUUGUUUGUCCUCCCUCUGUACUAAUCGCCACUGAAUUUAGGGUCCCUGAGGGCUCCUUAAUGAUGUAAUUGUGGAAAGUGAGCAGGAAGGGGUGGGUACAGCAUUCUUUUGCAGCAGGGCAAAGCUCCUCUCUUCUCCUCUCUGCUUCUUCUUUACAUGUAUCUUGUAUUUAUACGCCAGUUGUUGAUGUCCUGAGACAGCCAGCUUACAUAUCUUUUGAGUCCUACCUUUUGAACUUUGAGUCCAAUUUGCUUGGCUUACUUAUUACCAGGGGGGAGGAUACGCAGACAUACUUUUGUCACAUUCUUGCACCUCUUUGAUUUAUUUGGGGAAAUGUAACGCCACAAGUUGUUGCAGUGAUCUCAUCAUUUCCUGAUGAAGCAGCAGGGAGGACAGCAGACCAGGAGAAACACCAGAGGCAGAGAGACAGAGAAGAGGAGGAGCGUUUACACUCAUUGCGUCAUGUUUUAGUCUCGAGAACAGAUGUGUUGUCCACUGGAGAAUCACUGCUAGGUUGUGUUUCUAUGAGAGUGCAUGUUGGGCUGAUCUCACAAGAGAAAAAGAGAAAGAUCGAGAGAUUUUCUUCCAGCACAUCUUCAACUGCUCAAACGACAUGUCUCAACCAGGUCAGGAAGAAGGUGAACAGAUGGAGCGUCCUGAGGUGAGCGAUGAGGACCUAACCGAAGCAAAGGGCAAACUGGGUACAGGUGGGCCAGCGAAGAGCAAGACACUUGAAGUGAUGGAGGAGUGCGAGAAAGUUGGCAAAACUGCCCCCUCUGUGUUCAGUGGAGUGAGGUCAGGAGCGGAGACUGUUUUGAACACACGCGCAGCUCGACCAGUCAGGAAGUAGCAGUGGACUUCCUGACCAUGAUUGGACAACACUUGUUCCAUCUUAUGGGUUUGGGAUGAGUUGUUUAAAGCCUCUUUUUUGGGUGUUCUCCAAUGGUCUGAAUCUUUUGUUUUUGCACUCUGUUCUGUUUGGUUAUGGAAUGUUUUUGCACUUUUAUUAUGGUGAUAAUUAACUUCCUUAAGGGAAAACACUACAGGUGAAUAGGGUAAAAAAUGCAACUAAUAGAUAUCACCAUGAAACGUCCCCAGUUGAUGACUUACAUUAAGAUAAUUAUUUUUUGUAUUACAAGUUUCCCGAAAUUGUAUGAUUCAAUAUGCAAAUUAGGCAUUAUCUUAUCAAAGUUGUGCUAAUUUGCAUACAUCUCCAGAACAGAAAUGUGAACAUUGGAUAAAGCCAGGUUAAAAGUUCUUGUUUCACUUUGUUGAGUCAAAGGUUUACAAAGAAAAUUGUUGAUACCUCUUUUUAUCACUCCAUAAAUCAGAAAAUACUGUCAACAGUGAUAAAAUAAAUCCAUUUUCGCCAUGUUUUUAGGAAUAAAAUGUUCUAUAAAUCAGGCUAUGAAUGAUAUAUUAACAAACCCCUCUGUAAAAACCUGCAGAAUAAGAAGUUUGGUGCUACGGAAGUGGAGAUUUUUAGAAAAAGAUUUAAAACUGUAAAAUUCCAUACAUUUUGAAGACACUUCAGGUGAAUAGGGUAAAACAUGUGAACUAAUAGAUGUCACCAUGAAACGUCCCCAGUUGAUUACUUAUAUUAAGAUGAUUUUUUUGUAUUACAAGUUUCCUGAAAUGUUAUGUUUAAAUAUGAAAAUGAGGCAUUAUCUAAUGGUAACUUUUGGUGAAUUUAGGAGAAAUCUAACGUCACACAUACAUGUAGACAAAGUGUAUUAAAAUAAACACCUAAAUAUGUAUUCUGGGUUAUUUCUUUCCACUAGUCUGAAAGAAGACAUGUUAUGGAAGCAAAACUAACCCAAAAUCUCAAAAUUGACCAGUGAAUGAAAAACUAUGCUUUUGUCUGCAGUGUUUCCCAUUAAACAAAAUAAAUUCUUGGUAA